AUGAGUCAAGAUGUGUGUGUGUGUGAUUCGGAGCUCGGCCCCCCCGGCUGGAGGGAACCUCUGGACUGUGUCCGAGCCUCUGAACUGUGCAACCAGAACAGCCAGUGCAGCUCACGUUACCGGAUCAUGCGCCAGUGUCUGUCCGGCGGGGACAAGGAGCGCAGCGCCAUGCUGGCCUCCAAGGAGUGCCAGGGAGCGCUGGAGGUGCUGCAGGACUCUCCGCUGUACGACUGCCGCUGCAAGAGAGGCAUGAAGAAGGAGCUGCAGUGCCUGCAGAACUACUGGAGCAUCCACAUGGGUCUGACUGAGGGGGAAGAGUUUUACGAGACGUCUCCGUACGAGCCGAUCCAUUUCUCAGAGGAAUUCAGACAUGCCUCCAUCAUCUCAGAUUCGUCUUUGUCGAAGAUGAGCCCCUGCUCCGAGGCGGGGAAACCCUGUAACCCGUGUCUGGACGCGGCGAAGGCGUGCAACCUCAACGAGACGUGUAAACGCCUUCGCUCGGCCUACAACUCCAUCUGCAGCAAGGCCACGCCCCCUCAGCCGGCGCUGGCCAAUCAGGAGCCGUGCAGCCGGAAAAGGUGUCAGAAGGCUCUGCGUCAGUUCUUCGAGCGGGUCUCAUGGGAGCUGAGUUACCCCCUGCUGUUCUGCUCCUGCCCCGACCAGGCGUGUGCCGAGCGCCGCCGCCGCACCAUCGUCCCAUCCUGCUCCCACCAAGAGAGGCACAGACCCAGCUGCCUGGAGCUACGACGCAUCUGCCGCUCCGACGCCCUCUGCAGGUCUCGACUUGCUGAUUUCCACAUGAACUGUCAGAUGACGCCUCACACCGUCACCAGCUGCCCUAACGACAAUUACCACGGCUGCCUCAUGUCCUACGUCGGCCUCAUCGGUUCAGAUGUAACGCCCAACUACAGCGACAGCAGUCCGUCCAACAUCACGCUCAGCCUGUGGUGCAGCUGCAGGGGAACCGGCAGUCACGAGAGGGAGUGUGACGCUUUCCACCGAGACUUCACACACAACAGCUGCCUCAAAAACGCCAUCCAGUCGUUUGGUUACGGCUCAGAUGACGGCGCUCUGCUUGUGACCGAGCCGUCAGCUACCUUCUUCCCUCCUGUCCAGCCGCCAAUCAUCUCCAAGCCCGCCCCUUCUCUGCACGGCAACGCCAUCAAACCCUUAGACAGCGCGUGUAUGUUCUCCACCUGCGCCAACCUGCAGGACGGAGGUCAGAAGUGCGUCCCCUCCGAUGAAUUUGAGUGUGAGGAGGCUCUGUUGGCCCAGGGGUCAAUAGACUCUCAGGACUCUGCAGGACCCGAGAGCAGCAGCAGCAGCAGCAGCAGCAGCCGGCAAUCAUCUCCCCCGGCUCGGACUCAAACCCCCUCCAGCUUUGGAUCUGAGGCAGCUGGGCUGAAAAACACACAGACUUUGGCUUGA